AUGGACCCCAACGAAGCACCUGCUCUCCACCACUGCUCUGCCGACUCUUCCCCAGGGAUUGAGACCAGAGUCCCCCAGAGCACAGAGCUCAUUCCCAGGAGACCUGUCAGUCGCUCUCCGACCUGUGCCCGCUGUCGCAACCAUGGUGUCACAGCCCAUCUCAAGGGCCACAAGCGCCUCUGCCUCUUCCAGGCUUGCGAGUGCCACAAAUGUGUCCUCAUUCUAGAGCGUCGCAGAGUCAUGGCUGCCCAAGUGGCCUUGCGCAGGCAGCAGGAGGCACAGCUGAAAAGGCACCUGGCUCAGGGCCUGAUGAAAGGGGCAACCCCUCUGAAAGCUUCCCUCCGUGUCAAGAAGGGAGCCAGAGGACCAGGGGUCCCUUCUGGAAAGGAGAACAUAGCACCCCAGCCUCAGAGUCCCCAUGGAGCAGUCCCACUGGUGCUGACACCGCCUGGGAAGGAGAACUAUGGGCCUGGGCUGCUCAGUCGCCCCCAGGAAGCCUUGCCUUUACCCUGGACACCAGUGCCUCCUGGGCCUUGGGGCCCUGGACACUGGCUGCCCCCAGGCCUCUCAAUGCCACCUCCAGUAGUGUGCCGCUUGCUAUGCCAGGAACCUGCUGUCCCUCUGCAUCCCUUCCCUGGCUUUGACCCUGGCACCUCUCUCCGGCUGCUCACUCAUGGAACCCUCCCAACCUGCCCAGGAUCUCGCUCCGUACUUUCUGGAGAGCCCCAAGGACCCCCUAACCUGCCUCACACAUGUUCGACUCUGAUACUCCAGUCCUGUGGCACCCCCGACUCUCUUCUGCUGCAGCCACAGGCCCCUGGAGCCUCUUGCCUGGCCUGGACAUCUGGCCCCUCAGAGCGCCAGUUGCAGCGAGAGGCAGCUGAGGCCCUUGUGGUUCUGAAAGAUUCAUCCCAGGCUCCCCGCCUGACCCCGUCUGUCCCCCCAAACCCUGCCUGGAUCUCUCUGCUCCACCCCUGUGGUCCACCAGCUCCCCCGGCGGGAAGAGGGUUCCAGCCUGCCUGCCCGCCUCUCCGGCCGAGUCCAGCCUCCUCAGUCUCUCUGCACAUUGGGCGUCUGGGAUCUAUCUCCCUCCUCAGCUAG